CAAUAAUUUGAAGAUAGUGGGCGUAAAGUACCCUUAUUUUUUAUCUAAGGCCGAACAAAAUUCCCUAGGCACCGCAAUCACUACAAAAACAGCAAGAACAAUGAUUGGCAUACAACUGUUUAACGAAAUCGGCACAAUUUUUCGGAAUACGCCGACCUUUGCGCUGGUUUUGGAAACGUUGCUUCUGAUCACAGUUGUUUGGCUGCUGUUGUAUAAACGAGGCGGACGACGUCUUACCAAGGAACAGCAGGAGUAUUUAAUUGAGCAAUACGAGCCGGAGCCAUUGGUGCCUGAUACAGAUCCGGAUCAUCCGCUGCUGCGUACACGCUUCGUCCAGUCGAAGGUGGGCAAGCGGAUUGUGGUCGAUGGCGUCGAUUGCCUCAACUUGGGAUCGCACAACUACUUGGGUUUCCUCGAGGACAACGACAUUCUGGAGGAGGCGUGCAAGUGUCUGCGCAAAUACGGUGUGGGAUCGUGUGGUCCACGUGGGUUCUAUGGCACCAUGGACGUGCACUUGGAUUUGGAGGAUCGCUUGGCCAAGUUCAUGGGUCUGGAGGAGGCCAUUGUGUACUCCUAUGGCUUUUCGACGGUGGCCAGUGCGAUUCCCGCCUAUGCCAAACGUGGCGAUCUCAUCUAUGUAGAUGAAGCCGUCAACUUUGCCAUUCAAAAGGGUUUGGAUGCAUCACGCAGCACAAUUGUGUUCUUCAAGCACAACGAUGCCAAAGAUUUGGAGCGUCUGUUGAUGGAGCAGGAGAAACGCGACCAGAAGAAUCCCAAGAAGGCACAGAAGACGCGUCGCUUUCUGGUCGUCGAAGGCAUCUACAUGAAUACCGGAGAACUGUGCCCGCUUCCCGAACUCGUUGCACUUCGCAAGCAGUACAAGCUGCGUCUCUUUUUGGAUGAGAGCGUCUCCUUUGGCACGCUGGGCAAGACGGGCAGAGGCAUCACCGAGCACCUCAAUGUGGACCGUGAUGAAAUCGACUUGAUAUCGGCGGGCAUGGAGGGUUCAAUGGCCACCAUUGGUGGUUUCUGCGUGGGCUCCCAUUUCAUAGCUGAACACCAGCGACUGUCCGGACUUGGUUAUAUCUUCUCAGCCUCGCUGCCGCCAAUGUUGACGCAAGCGGCCAUUUCAUCGCUGGAUCGCUUUGAGCGCGAGCCUCAGAUCUUUGAGCAACUGCAGCAGAAGUCGCGUCUGGUCCAGCAGCAGUUCAAGCUCUUUAGCAAACUCCAGCUGCGUGGCGACGAACUCUCUCCAGUCAAGCAUUUGUAUGUGGCUCAAGAGCGUGACAGUUUCGAGUCUGAGAGCAAAUUGCUGGCAAAGGUGGCAGACAAGUGCAUCGAACAGGGCGUGGCCGUCGUGGAAGCCGCCUACUUGCAGAACAGGGAACGCAAACCCGUGCGUCCCAGUCUUCGUAUUGCUGUCAGCCGUCUUCUGGAUGAAGCUGAUAUUUUGUCCGCUUACAAGAUUAUUGAGAGCGUUUCCAGUGCAGUGCUUUAAGCCUAUUUGUAUUAUUUAUAAUUCCAUCGAAUUGCUUUCCUUCAUAGUUUUAAAAUGAACAUGUUUGUUGUUGUUAACGUCCAAGUAA